UGUGAGGCGCAGUCUCAUCACAGUCACCGCCGCCGUCAGCAUCAUCUGAGGUGUGUCUGCGCCGCCGGAGCUGCAGACAGACAGCAAGGACCAACAGAAAAAGAUCCUGUUCCACUCUUUACACCGACCAUGGCGUCAAAAUGUCCAAAAUGCGAGAAAACGGUGUAUUUCGCGGAGAAGGUGUCAUCUUUAGGGAAAGACUGGCACAAGUUCUGUCUAAAAUGUGAGCGCUGCAACAAAACUCUGAAUCCGGGAGGCCAUGCUGAGCAUGAUGGAAAGCCUUAUUGCCACAAGCCGUGCUACGCCACCCUCUUUGGACCAAAAGGUGUAAACAUCGGUGGAGCUGGAUCCUACGUGUACGACAAUCCUGUCAACGAAGCCCCUGCAGCCGUUUCCUUGGAAACAAACGCCAAACCAGAGGAGGAGAAAAAAGCCCCCGCACGGGGACCAGUGAAGGCUGCAAGCUUCUCAUCUUUCUCUGGAGGCCCCAACAUCUGUCCCAGAUGCAACAAGACCGUGUAUUUUGCUGAGAAGGUGUCAUCUCUCGGGAAGAACUGGCACCGGCCUUGUCUGCGCUGUGAGAGAUGCAAUAAGACUCUGGCACCGGGCAGCCAUGCAGAGCAUGAUGGACAGCCUUACUGCCACAAACCAUGCUAUGCUGUACUGUUUGGACCAAAAGGCGUAAACACCGGAGGUGUCGGCAGCUACAUCUACGACGAUCCUGAAGCUGAAGCGCAGUCUUGAGCCCUGAAGCUGCCUCCAGCCCGCAGACAGAGAAACGCCUCCAGGACCCUCUGUGUCUCUAUGAUUUGCCUUCAGUGGUCAUUGUGACAAAUGAUAUGUACUACACUCACAGGGAUGGAAACUUAGAUGUUUAUGUUGUAUUUGUAUAUUGUUUAUAUAUCUAUUUUUUGUACCGAAACGGGCCUUUAAUAUGUCCUCCCAUGUGAACUUCAGAUUUGCCUUUGAGUUUCUUGGUUCUCUUUGCCAAAUAAUUAUUAGCCUGUUACUACAGUGAAUGAAAGCUCCUGUGUUCUUUUCACUCUGGAUUAGUAGAUUUUUGACUUUUGUGCACUUAAAACAUGUACUGUAUAAAAACAAACAAACAAACAAAAAAAGUACCAGCCCUCCAGUUUAUAGUCAGUGUUUUUUGAACAAGUUUGUCUUGGUUCUAUAAAUACAAAUGAUAGCGUAGUGAAGAUACACAUUUUACAAAGGAGUGCAUUUUAAUGAAUGCCAUUAAAGUGAUUUUGAGGGUUGCUGCAAACAAGAAAUGAUCUGCUGUUCUUCACAUUUUAUACAGUAAAAGUGUGUGAUAGCAAACCUGA